UAGAGGUAAUGGGUCCCGAAUACGCUCAUCGCAACUAUCGACUGUGCCACUUGCAUUUUGAAGAAAAGUGGUACAAAAUAGGCAAAAGUAGAGCCAAUCUUCAUCCUGAUGCAAUACCAACUAUAUUUUUUGGAACAAACAAUACAUCUGUGACAUCAGAAAAUGUUGGAAAUAUAGUUGAGGCUUGUCAAGAAGAAGAAACAAGCAGGUUUUUGAACUUCUACAUAUUUCACAAUAUUUUUUUAAAGAGUUUUUGCUAUCUCAAUAUCCAGUCAACAGAAAUAUUGCCCAUGGAUACCUAUGCCGACAUUGCUAAACCGUUGAUGCCCAAAUUAAAAGCAAACAUGGAAGAAGAUACACUUCAGACUUUAAACAAUUUGCGUUGCGGUUAUAUUUUGUAA